GCCGUUGUGCUGUGCUGCACCUGCGGUUUUCCUGUUACGGAAGCUUGGGAUUGGAGUGAUUUUCUUGUAAGUACAAGUAAUAAACACAACUGUGAGAAAGUCGCUUCUGAUUCUUUUGAUGGAAUAAAGUGUGCGGAUAGGAAAAAUUGGGAAAAUAAGUUGUUAACGGAGUGUACGAAGAACCGUACAGGUAUUGUUGAAGGAGAAAAAUGUUCGGAUUGGUUAUUAUCUGAAAGGGCUAGGGAAUUAAUGAAAUCAUCCAGUGAAAAAAAGAACAAUGAAAUGACGGGACUGCCAACAACAAUAAUUCUUAAACAGCAAGAAAAUGAGGCCCAUUCACAGGAUCCUUCAGCAAACUCGGACAAUACACGAGAAGGUAGCUCAGAAAGCCACACAAAUGCAACUACAACACAAACUAAAGCGAUUGCACCUGCCAAUGACAAUCCUUCCCCGAAUACAACUGCACAGAGUUCCGGACACAGUGAUGUUAAUUCCGUUACCCAACCCACUGCAGCUGCAGGUAUAACUCAGAACAACAAUUCAGCAAACGCGGACACCAACAAUGCAAAUACACCCAAUAAUGAGGAAUUGACCACCACCACCACCACCACAACAACAACAACAAGACUUCCUCCUGUACCCGACUCACAGAUCAGCAACACCAUCGCUUCCACUGUACUGAGGAACAAGGCUAAUGUUGACAGCAGUCUCUGUCCUGUGUGGAUCCGCACUGCAGCACCGCUGCUGGUUGUGAUUGUGUUGGUCUCCGUUACUGUGUACUGA